AGGCCAAAAGGAUAGAAGAGUCGUCUCAGUGAUCUCACCCAACUUUCUCUCUCUCUCUCUCUCUCUCUCUCUCUCUUCGUUUUCUCAUCAAUGCUCUGUCGGAGUUCAUGCCUCUUCUUCAUCGAUUCUGAUGCUUUCAAUUAGGGUUUUUUCGUCUGCCAAUUCAGAUUUUGGGUUUAGAGUUGGUGAUUAGAGUGGGGGAAGAAGAUGACAAUGAAUGAGAGGAAGACGAUUGACUUAGACCAGGGAUGGGAGUUCAUGCAGAAAGGGAUUACAAAGCUGAAGAACAUUCUAGAAGGACAACCCGAGCCGCAGUUCAGCUCGGAGGAUUACAUGAUGCUUUAUACAACUAUCUAUAAUAUGUGUACUCAAAAGCCGCCUCACGAUUACUCUCAGCAGCUGUAUGAUAAGUACCGGGAAUCGUUCGAAGAGUACAUUACUUCUACGGUAUUGCCUUCUCUGAGGGAGAAGCAUGAUGAGUUCAUGUUGAGAGAGCUUGUGAAGAGGUGGUCAAAUCAUAAAGUGAUGGUCAGGUGGCUUUCUCGAUUCUUUCAUUACCUUGAUCGCUACUUUAUUGCUCGGAGGUCACUUCCAGCACUUAACGAAGUUGGACUGACUUGCUUCCGUGAUCUGGUCUAUGUGGAGUUAAAUGGAAAAGUAAGGGAUGCCAUAAUAUCAUUGAUUGAUCAAGAGCGUGAAGGAGAGCAGAUUGACCGAGCUUUGUUAAAGAAUGUAUUGGAUAUAUUUGUUGAGAUCGGAAUGGGGCAAAUGGAUCAUUAUGAGAAUGACUUUGAAGCAGCUAUGCUCGCAGAUACCGCUGCUUAUUAUUCUCGGAAGGCUUCAAACUGGAUCUUGGAAGAUUCAUGUCCUGAUUAUAUGCUGAAAGCUGAGGAGUGUUUGAAACGAGAGAAGGAUAGGGUUUCUCAUUACCUACAUUCCAGUAGUGAGCCAAAGUUGCUUGAGAAAGUUCAACAUGAGUUGUUGUCCGUGUAUGCAACCCAAUUGCUUGAGAAAGAACACUCUGGAUGUCAUGCAUUACUUAGGGACGACAAGGUGGAGGAUUUAUCAAGGAUGUAUAGGCUCUUUUCUAAAAUACCUCGAGGCUUAGAACCCGUUUCUAGUAUUUUUAAACAGCAUGUUACUGCUGAAGGUACCACCUUGGUUAAACAAGCAGAAGAUGCAGCAAGCAAUAAGAAGGCAGAUAAGAAAGAUGUGAUCGGUCUUCAGGAACAGGUUUUUGUUAGAAAAGUGAUUGAGCUUCAUGACAAGUACCUCGCAUACGUAAAUGACUGUUUUAUGAACCAUACUCUUUUCCACAAGGCCCUCAAGGAGGCUUUUGAAAUCUUCUGCAACAAGGGUGUUGGUGGAAGCUCAAGUGCAGAACUACUGGCCACAUUUUGUGAUAAUAUUCUUAAGAAAGGUGGGAGUGAGAAAUUGAGUGAUGAAGCCAUUGAAGAAACACUUGAGAAGGUAGUAAAGCUGCUUGCUUAUAUUAGUGAUAAGGAUCUGUUUGCCGAAUUCUACAGAAAAAAGCUUGCUCGGCGCUUACUUUUUGACAAGAGUGCCAAUGAUGAGCAUGAGAGAAGUAUUCUCACAAAGCUGAAGCAGCAGUGUGGUGGUCAGUUCACAUCAAAGAUGGAGGGAAUGGUCACAGAUUUGACAUUAGCAAGGGAAAAUCAAACCAAGUUUGAGGAGUACCUGAACAACAAUCCAAAUGUAAAUCCAGGGAUUGACUUGACUGUUACUGUCCUGACUACUGGAUUUUGGCCAAGUUACAAGUCUUUCGAUCUCAACCUCCCAGCAGAAAUGGUCAAGUGUGUUGAAGUUUUCAGAGAUUUCUAUCAAACAAAAACAAAACACAGAAAACUUACAUGGAUAUAUUCAUUGGGUACUAGUAACAUCAAUGGUAAAUUUGAACCAAAAACCAUGGAGCUCGUUGUGACAACCUACCAGGCUUCUGCUCUGCUGCUCUUUAAUGCCUCAGACAGAUUGAGUUAUCAGGAAAUCAUGACUCAGUUAAAUCUGACGGAUGAUGAUGUUGUUAGACUGCUACAUUCCCUUUCAUGUGCAAAGUAUAAGAUUCUUACAAAAGAGCCCAACACGAAGACAAUCUCUCCAACUGAUCACUUCGAGUUCAACGCCAAGUUCACCGACAAGAUGAGAAGGAUUAAGAUUCCUCUCCCUCCUGUGGAUGAGAAGAAAAAGGUAAUUGAAGAUGUUGACAAGGACAGAAGGUACGCUAUUGAUGCAUCAAUUGUGCGAAUAAUGAAGAGUCGGAAAGUUUUGGGCCACCAGCAGUUGGUUAUGGAGUGUGUUGAACAGUUGGGCCGCAUGUUCAAGCCUGACUUCAAGGCUAUCAAAAAGAGGAUUGAAGAUUUGAUCACUCGGGACUAUCUGGAAAGAGACAAGGACAACCCAAACCUGUUCAGGUACUUAGCAUGAUUUGGCCAGUUUGAUAUACUCCAAAUGAACUUGGCUAUAUUGAUGCAGCAAAUAGCACCAAAAGUUGAGGGGAUCAGUUUGUGGUGGUGAAGUUGAGUAUACAAACUGCGGCAAAUGUUGCCACUAUUCAAGUCCCCCUUUGCUUGGGGCCCAGAAACUUGUGAAUUCUUGUACAUUUUGCCCUUGAAGCCAGGUACUUAAGGACAGUAGGUACAAAUCGCCUGUCCCAGGGAAAAAAAAUUGUAAUUGUAUGUAAUGUGUUUGUCAGAUGAAAAAAAAUAAUGUAAUGUGUUUUCAGUGUACGAAUGCGAUCAUUGGGGGCUAAUCACCAUCUGAUGAUUACUGCAAUCCUCUCACAGAUCUGUUGAUGCUUGUUAUUUAGGCUUGUUUGAAAUUACCUGUCCUUGGAAGAAAAAAGAUUGUAAUUGUUUCUGUUAAAGCUUUCCACUGUGUUCAACUAGCCUCUCACCAUUGUAAU